AAAUAUUUUCCCAUUUUCUAACGUUUUUGUACGGUGUUCGAGGCUCCACGCGAGAUUUCGUUGACCCGUCCUCUUCGCGAUUUGCCCUUCUCUGCGGCACCUCCGCCGUCGAUCCGCCCCACCCCGACGUGCUUCUCCGCCGCCGGUUUCCGCCGGCGUGGCCUCCGCUAUCCUACUCUUUCUUCCCUAUGCCAAUCCUAUCGAAAGGAGAGAGACCUUAGGAAGAAAGGGAGGACGGCGCUAUCGGCUAGCAGAAAUCCGUCUCGUUACCAUAAAACCUCUCGUACCCAUCCUAUAGGGCUAUGGAAUCAGAAGCAAUGUUUGCAGAUGAACUGAUGCUGAACAGCAAUGUUCAGCUUGGGCCAGUAGAUCCAAAAAGAGCUCGAUUUCCGUAUUGCAUAGUUUGGACCCCUUUGCCUCUAAUCUCUUGGCUGAUACCUUUCAUCGGCCACAUUGGUAUCUGCAGAGAGGAUGGAGUGAUCUUGGACUUUGCUGGGCCCAACUUUGUUUGUGUCGACCACUUUACCUUUGGAGCAGUAGCCUGUUACUUGCAAAUAAACAGAGAACAGUGUUAUAAGCUGAUUGAGCCUGAUGGAAACAUGACAUGGGAUUAUGCACUCAAGGAAAGCACCCAAGAGUUUCAGCACAGGUCUUACAGCUUGUUUACCUGCAACUGCCACUCCUUUGUUGCAAACAGCCUGAACAGAUUACUUUAUGGUGGUCACGACAAAUGGAAUGUGGUGAACUUGGCGGCCUUGAUUUUUCUGAGGGGUACUUGGGUUAACAAAAGAUCAGUAUUGAGAUCUUAUUUGCCAUUUGUUGUUGUACUCUGCAUUGGACUCAUCUUGGGUGGCUCAAAUUUUUUGAUUGGCUUGUUCAUCUUCGCACUUGCCUUAGUUGGUUGGUUCCUGAUGGGUACCUAUUGUUUCAAGAAUCUUAUCCACUUGUAGAUUUUCAUCAGUUAAUGUAAUCCUCAGGACAACAGUUAUAUUGGAUGUUCAACUUUAGAUGAUAAAUAUCUCGGUUGUGUGAACGCCAUUUUCAGUUUAUAUUGUUCUUGAUUGUCUUGAAUAAGACGGGUACUCUUAUUUCAUUUUUA